CUAUAAAUAGAUUAGAUGUUUACUGUGCCUCGCAUUGACAUUGGUAGGUAAACUCUACACAACACACGACGCCAGCCCAAUACACUGACACUAUGGCGAUGAGAAGAUUGAACAAGGAAUUAACGACUCUAAAGGAUGACCCCCCAAAGAAUUGUUCAGUUGAACUUGUCGGAGAAAACUUAUUUGAAUGGCAAGUCAAACUCACAGGGCCCGAAGAUACGCCAUACGCUGGAGGUGUAUUUGUCCUUCAUUUGAACUUUCCUACAGACUAUCCAUUUAAAUCACCAAAGGUCAAAUUUCAUACAAAGAUAUACCACCCUAACAUUAACAGCAAUGGUGAUAUUUGUGUGAACACCUUAGACAGGAAAUGGUCACCGAAAGAUACAAUAGAUAAAGUUUUAUCAGACGUCCUUUCACUUUUUAUCGAAGCUAAUGCUGAUGACCCCCUAGUACCACAAAUUGCCUCCGUGUAUAAAGGCGACCGGAAGCGAUUCAACGCAACUGCUAAGGAAUGGACCGAUAAGUACGCACGGUGACAACAUGUGAUAAACAAAUUUUAUGUAAUUGAAGGACGUCAUCACGACUGAAAUUAACACGCAAAGCUUACUGUGAUAUGUUUAAGAGACGAUUAUAUCAUCAUAUGAGUGAUGGAAUCGUAGAAACAAUUUCAUUAAGAAAACUGGUCUUUUGCGCGUGAAAGACCCUGGAGUACAGUAUCAGAAGUGAUAUGUGUUUAUUUUCCAUGUUGAAAAAUUACAAUUACAAGCAUCAUUUUUACGAAUUCUGUUAUAUCGAAACUCUGGCAAUCUGGUAUAAUUUGUUGAUAAAUCGUUAAUCAUUAGUCUAGUUCUUUACAUUUUUGUCCCUUAACCUCACUGAUCUUUUAAACUAAUUCAGUUAUUUCUACGGGAUAUCAUUGGUUACGUCCAAUUAGCGGUUAUCGAUCUGAGUGCGAAAUUGAUCGAUAUAUAGGGAUAGGAUUUCACUUUUAUGAAGCAAUUUCUCUAAGAAUAUAUUGUAUGGGUCGUGGUAGCGAUUGAAUUCUGAGAGGAAUUGCUGCACAAAAGCAUGGUUAACAUAAACGCGAAAUCCAAUCACUAUAUUUACACUUCAUGACUUUCUAUUAUAUUUUUAUGUUAAUCAAUCCUCAUUUGUAAAUGACAUCGUUAUACCGUAAAAGACGGUUACUGGUGAGUGGAAUUACCAUUGUUAAAACAGCCAAUGCUGACUCUUCACUUUAAGUUGAAACUUUAUUUCUUUAUGUUUUUACGUGUGAAAUAUCAAUAAAUAAUACAAACAUUAAGUGAUAUUUUAAAAACAAUUUAUAUAUAUAUAUAAUUUUACUGUAUUAAAAACGUUAUGUAUAUGGUAAAAGGUGUUCGUUUACUGACAGUUCCAUACAGAAGUUCAAAGAUCAAUGCUUCCAUGCAAGUAUGGUAAACAAAUACACCUAGUAUUGUUGAAUAGCGAAAUGGCUUGGCAAGUCUAAUUAUACAAAUAUGAAAGGUGAGUUUACAUGAAUCACUGUGAUACUUCAAAGAACUAAAGUUAAGUGCAAUUUUCGCCUCAAAAAUGACGCAUCUAACUUUUAUUUUUUAUUCUUUAAAUGGUAUAAAAUUGGAAAGUUUCUAUACUUUAGUGUCAGAGCCAAACAUUUUGAGUUUUGUGUAUGAUAAUGCGUUUUUUUAAGGUUGAAGUUUGAUUUUUUUUAUAUGUUUGUGACGAAGAAAGGUCAAAGUUAUUGAUCAGGGGCAUACACUUUUGAAUUUUCAAAAUUCCUUUAUUUUUGAAAUAUCGUUCACCUUGAGCGAGAAACCCGCGCAUGCGCAACGCAGUAUGUCCACAAAUAGCUGCAUAAUUGCAUAUAAUAUUUGAUGACAAUAUUAUUGAAUCGAUAUGUAUUUAUUGUAUGUCAUUUUGUUGUCUUGAAUUAUAAUUAAAUUGUUGUUUUUUCAUGGGUGAUAA